CAGAGCUUCCCUGCUGGCUUUGGCACUAUGGGCACCUGGAGGGCCGCACUCCCAGCCCAGCCGGGCUGAGUGAGUCUUCCAACCUCCCGUGCCUUGCUGUCCCCGGUCCUCCCUGUCUUUUGGGAUCUGGGCACCCUCUCCUUUCUCUUGGAUGGCACCUCCACCCAGGAGUUUGGAUACCUGGAUUCCACAUGGUAGCUGGCUCAAGGAGCCUUCUGGUGACAGCCUCUGGCUGAGCAUGGCCCUCCCCACCCUGGGCCUGGACCCUUGGAGCCUCCUGGGGCUUUUCCUCUUCCAGCUGCUUCUGUUGCUGCUGCCGCCUACGAAUGCCGGGGGUGGUGGACAGGAACCCAUGCCCAGGGUCAAAUACUAUGCAGGGGAUGGACGCAGGGCUCUUAGCUUCUUCCACCAGAAGGGUCUCCGGGAUUUUGACACUCUGCUCUUGAGUGGUGAUGGAGGCACUCUCUACGUGGGGGCUCGAGAAGCCAUUCUGGCCUUGGAUAUCCAGGAUCCAGGGGUGCCAAGGCUGAAGAACAUGAUACCCUGGCCAGCCAGUGACAAAAAAAAGACUGAAUGUGCCUUUAAGAAGAAGAGCAAUGAGACACAGUGCUUCAACUUUAUUCGUGUCCUGGUCUCCUUCAACGCCACGCAUCUCUACGCCUGCGGCACCUUUGCCUUCAGUCCUCUUUGUACCUUCAUUGAACUCCAAGAUUCCAACCUGCUGCCCAUCCUGGAGGACAAGGUCAUGGAUGGCAAAGGUCAAAGCCCCUUCGACCCUGCCCACAAGCACACAGCUGUCUUGACAGAUGGGAUGCUCUAUUCUGGCACCAUGAGCAACUUCCUGGGCAGUGAACCUAUCCUGAUGCGAACCCUGGGAUCCCAGCCUGUGCUCAAGACCGACAAUUUCCUCCGUUGGCUACAGUCGGAUGCCUCUUUUGUGGCAGCCAUCCCUUCCACCGAGGUCGUCUACUUCUUUUUCGAGGAGACUGCCAGCGAAUUUGAAUUCUUUGAGAAGCUCCACACCUCUCGGGUGGCCAGAGUCUGCAAGAAUGACGUGGGUGGCGAGAAGGUGCUGCAGAAGAAGUGGACUACUUUCUUGAAGGCCCAGCUGCUCUGCGCCCAGUCUGGACAACUGCCCUUCAACAUCAUCCGCCAUGCCGUCUUACUGCCCUCCGAUUCCCAGGUCUACGCAGUCUUCACCUCUCAGUGGGAGAGCGGCGGGACCAGGAGCUCAGCUGUCUGUGCCUUCUCUCUUGAGGACAUCAAGCGUGUCUUUGAGGGAAAAUACAAGGAACUGAACAAAGAGACUUCACGUUGGACUACUUUUGGGUUUUCCGAUAUCGAUCCCCGGCCAGGCAGCUGCUCCGUGGGCCCCUCCUCUGACAGAGCGUUGACCUUCAUGAAGGACCAUUUCCUGAUGGAUGAGCAGGUGGUGGGGAUACCCCUGCUGGUGAAGUCUGGUGUGGAGUACACACGACUUGCAGUGGAGACAGCCCAGAGCACUGAUGGGCAUGGCCAUGUGGUCAUGUACCUGGGCACCACCACUGGGUCUCUCCACAAGGCUGUGGUGAGUGGGGACAGCGGUGCUCAUCUGGUGGAAGAGAUCCAGCUGUUUUCUGACCCUGAACCUGUUCGCAACCUGCAGCUGGCUCCCAUCCAGGGUGCAGUGUUUGCAGGCUUCUCAGGAGGCAUUUGGAAGGUUCCCCGAGCUAACUGUAGUGUCUACGAGAGCUGUGUGGACUGUAUCCUUGCCCGGGACCCCCACUGUGCCUGGGACCCUAAGUCCAGCAUCUGCCGCCUCCUACCUACACAUAUCCCAAAGUCCUGGAGGCAGGACAUGGAGCGCGGGAACCCAGACUGGGCAUGUGCCAGUGGCCCCAUGGCCAGGAGCCAACCACCUCAGAGACGCCCCCAAAUCAUUAAAGAAGUCCUGGCUGCCCCCAACUCCAUCCUGGAGCUCCCCUGCCCCCACCCCUCAGCCCUGGCCUCUUACCGCUGGAGUCACGGCACAGCCGCCGUCCCGGGAGCCUCUUCCACUGUCUACAAUGGCUCCCUCUUGCUCCUCCUCCGGGAUGGGGUGGGGGGCCUCUAUCAGUGCUGGGCCACAGAGAAUGGCUUCUCAUACCCCGUGGUCUCCUACUGGGUGGACAGCGAGGACCAGCCCCUGGCCCUGGAUCCUGAACUGGCGGGCAUUCCACGGGAGCGUGUGGAGGCCCCUCUGACCAGAGUGGGUGGUGGGGCCGCCCUGGCUGCCCAGCGGUCUUACUGGCCCCACUUCCUUACCGUUACUGUGCUCCUUGCCUUAGUGCUUUCAGGGGUUCUCAUUCUCCUCCUCGCCUCCCCCUUGGGAGCCCUUCGAGCCCGGGGCAAGGUCCAGGGCUGUGACACACUGCCCCCUGGGGACAAGGCCCCACUGAGCAAGGAGAAGCACCUCCACCCCUGCAAGGAGCACAGGACCUCUGCCAAUGCUGUGGAUGCCGACAACAACCGUCUGGGCACCGAGGUGGCUUAAACUCUGGACACAGGCUGAGGCUGUGAGGUAGUGCAGGUGGGAGCAGCACAAAAAAAAAACACCUUCCCACAAGAAGAGCUCUCCUGCCUCUGUGCCACCAAGACUUCACUCAGUGGGGUCUCCCACUGGACUCAGUGACUCUCCCACUGGAUUCUCUCCUACCAAGCACACGGACUCUAACAGGGUUUCCCGGCCCUGGAUCUAGGCCAUGAUAGAAGGACCUGCAGAGGAUCCUUGGGUUCUGGUCAUUCCAAGACCCUCCAGAAACAUCUACUCCAGGAGACCCGACUGUUCCAGAACGCUGUGAUAAGAAAUACCAGACAUCCAAAAAAACAUAUACCUGCCGCUUCUGGAGACUCCAUCCCGAAAGCAACUGCUGCCUUGGAGACCAACAUUCCCCUCUCCCAGGGAUCUCAAGGGCUCUUCAGGGAGCUGCCCCUCCUGCUCUGGUUAUCAGCAGUGGCCCUGACUCCAGGGCAGAUGUCCCUGACUUUCCUUCUUGUUUCAGUUGGGGCAGGCUGGCUCCCUUCUGGCCUAGCUGGAUGGCAGGCGUGGUCUGAGCCUUGUUCACUUCUUCACCCUGACUGACGUCAUGCCCUCUCUCCACUCCCUUUUCCUUUGUUUUGGGAUUCAAAAAGCUGCUUGUCACACAGUUUAUUUUUUAUU